GAGGAGUGGAACGACAGAGGAGAUAGGUGAAGGAGUAGAAGUAACUGUAAAAGCAAAAGGCAUACCAAACAAAAGGACAAGCUUAGAAUAAAAUCUUUGGUGGAAAACAAUGAGUUAAACUGCAUAUUUCCAGGAAGAGAAAGAGUGAGCGGAAAGACACAGAGAGAGGGAGGCAGGGAUUUUUUAGGAGGAAAAUAGUCUCCUCAGACAAAGCUUUGAGUGUUUAUCCACAGGCAGGUCACAGUAUGGCGCUGUUCCCGUUCUGCAAGACGCCCUCAGGGCCAGUCAGAGCAACCAGACUCCAACUUGUCCUGUACUGUUUUCUCCUUUCUCUUAUCAUAUAUUUCCUUCAAGGACGUAAAGCUGCUGUCAGAGUGGCAAAACCUCAUCCUCUCUUUCAUUUCCUGGAAGCUGACAAGCCUCAGGAAACUUCAGUCGUAACAAAUGUCAAGCAGGCAGCGCCACAAAUCCCUCAAGAAACACCAUGGGGGGCUCCUUUAGUAUGGGGCGACAGCCGUAACUCUGCUUGGCGCAGGGCUAAAUUUGCCCAACGGGGAGUUCGAACUGGUCUGCUGUCCCUCGUGGUGGGAACUUACGCCCGGUUCAUACGACGUUUCCUCUCUUCUGCUGAAACCUACUUCCUCUCAGGUCAAAUGGUCACCUACUACAUUCUCACCGACAAUCCCCGAUGUCUGGACCCUGCCAUGGAGUUAGGACCUGGACGAGAGCUACAGGUGGUUCAAGUUGCAGAGCUGCCCGGAUGGGACAAGUUAGCUUAUCGCCGCAUGUCCCUACUUGUUGAGGCCAUCAGAAACCAUAUCGGCAGAGAGGUUGAGUACCUCUACUGCGCCGACAUUGAUCAGGAGUUUGUGGCCCCAGUGGGAGAAGAAAUUCUUGGAGACCUAGUUGCCACGUUACACCCAGAGCUCUACGGUAUGCCACGAAAUGCAUUUCCCUACGAAGUGGAGGAGACCUCAUCAGCUUGUGUGGAAGAGGAUGAAGGAGACUACUACUACACCUCUGAGUUGUAUGGAGGGUUGGUUUCACAGGUGUUCAAGCUGGCUAAGGUCUGUUCUUUGCUCAUUCUGCAGGACCAAGCUAAAGGGGUAAUGGCAAGGGGCCUGGAGGAGAGCUACCUGAACCGCUACUUGAUCGACCACAGGCCUACCUGUGUUCUUUCACCAGAGUACAGCUGCUGGGACUCAGCCCUAACUGCUGAUGUGCCUAUGCAGAGGCUCAUCUCCUUGGGUAGGCAAUGCGAAGCAUCAGACAUGCAAAUGAAGGAGCGGUACCGAUGUUGAGGGUACGCCUGGCUAAACCCAUGAUUUAUGAAUGUAUAUCUCAAUUCCACAAGGAACUUUUUAAAGAGAAAAAUGUCCUUAUCUUUUAAACAACUCCAAUUGUAAAGGAAAGGGAUGAAUGGAAGUGACAGAGCAGAUUGCAGCCAUCUUUAUUCAAUUAAGAGUGCAGCAUUUCCAUUUAAUUUUCUCUUCUAUCAGCCAAUACAUGUAGAUUGCAGUCCUGCAGAAGCAAUGUGUGCAAUGUGCUCUCAAUUAAAGCCUCA